AUGGCGUCCAGGAUCGCACUCCUGUGCCUUCUUGGCUUGCUGGUAGCAUCACCUGCUAUUGCUGACUCCGGCAUCUACUACCAGCUUGAAUUGAUGUGGCCAGGGGCGUACUGCGAGCAGAGCAGCGCCGGAUGCUGCAAGCCGACGACCAGCGCCAAGCCGGCGCGCGACUUCUUCAUCUCGGGCUUCACCGUCUACAACGCGACGACCGACGCUCCGGUGAACCGCUGCAGCAACAAAGCUCCUUUCGACCCUAACGAGAUUACGGACAUCCCAGGCCUGAAGCAGUACUGGAGCAACAUCAAGUGCCCCAGCAACAACGGCCAGGGCGGCUGGAAGAACGCCUGGAAGAAGUCCGGCGCCUGCUCCGGCCUCAAGGAGAAGGACUUCUUCGAGAAAGCCCUCGAGUUCCGCAGCCGGCUCAACCCGCUCGUUCGCCUCCAGAAAAACGGUAUCCAGCCGGACUUCGAGCUGUACAGCUUGAAGAAGAUCAAGAAGGUGUUCCAGUCGGGCAUCAACGCGACGCCGCUGGUCCAGUGCAGCAUGGGCCCCUUCAACAAGUACAUGCUGUACAAGCUCUACUUCUGCGCGACGGAGCAGGGCACGUUCAUCGACUGCCCCGUGGCGCCCAAGUACACCUGCUCGGCGGAGAUCCUCUUCCACCCUUUCAAGAGGUGGAUGCUCCAGCAGCUCCAGGGGGAGGACGCCGAGUUUGCCGCCGCGGCCGACGGCGACGACCAGGACGCCUUCGUGCUGCCCGGCGUGGCCAUGGAUAUGUAA